CAAACCAGAGUCUGCAGGGAAGCCGAGUCAAGAAUACCAGCUUUCCAAGACACAAGAUUCCGAAACUUGCAAAGAUUCCCGUUUUUGGAUCCCCAGGCUGACCGAUCACCACGGCCUGGCUCUGUAACUGCUGGGGGUCUUGUUGGGACCUGUGGCAGCAAUUAUAGCAGUGCCAGAUCAUCUCCGAAUCCGUCAGGCCGCAUCACAGCCACGACACGGCACCUGCCUAAACCUCAGAUCGUUACCGUCAAAUCUGUUGGGAACCCUAGGAAUUAUCCACCAAAUCUCUCAACGCAGAUAUUCCCAGACACCACAGGGAGAUUCAAGUCCCCCAAGGCAGCCUCACGCGUAUCUAGGGACUCAGAAAGCUCAUACAAGUCCACCACAGAGGCCGAUUCAGGCUUAGGAUCAUCGAGUGAGAGCGACAGAGUGCGUGAAGAAGCUGGGGAGGCUGGCGACACAGACACGCUAGACUCUAACAAUCUCGAGUUUCCGGAGGACGUUUCUGAGCUGUGGCUGAGGGAGAAGCGAGGCAGCAUCCUUGAGACUGGCCGUGGGACUGGCAGCGUCAUCCCGCCUCAGACGACUCUCGAACUAGCUUUCCGAGGGUCCGGGAGCUUUGAGGUGAAACGGAAGGGGUUGGAGGUGAAGGUAACAGCCAAUGCGGGAAGUGGAUUGAAGGGGCAAAGCAUAGAGGGUGUUUCUUCAUCAGUAUCGUCAGUCCUCGCCUCGCCGCCCGACAGGAAAGGGAGGGGUGGCAAAGAGAAGCGAGACAGUCCCAUAACGUACAGCAUGGCUAGGCAGAAGUUCGCUCCAUAUUCCCGUAACCGCUUUGGCUACUACCACAACAACCACUACCAGGCGAGAAUGACCACCACCGCCACCACCACCGCCACAGAUAAGGGUGCUGGGAAGGCGCAGGUCUCUGAAAGCAAGGUGAAUACAGAGAAGUCACCAACUAGUCAGACUAAGCUUGGUCCUACUCGAUCUAAGAGCAACACACCACCAAACCGCAGCCCACCGCACUCCACAGCCUCCAGGAGUCCACCGCACCACACACCGCCAAGCCGCAGCCCGCCACACACCACCACGUCAAGCAAGUCCCCACCACAUCACUCACCGCCACACAAAACGCCAGCAAAUCACUCACCACCACACAGAAGUCCACCACACAUCACCACACUUCACAAGACCCCACUGCACACCACCACCAUGUCCCACAAAGGCCCAGCACACACGUCACCACCACACAAGACCCCAGCGCAGCACAACACCGUGAAGUCACCACCGCAGAAGUCGCCACCCAACACACACCAGAAGCCACCACAGACAAACUCUGUCGGCCUCGUCAAGACACGCGUGGCGAUGCUUGAGACAACACCGACGACCAGGAAGUCACCACCGCAGCCACCAUCACUUAGACGAACCCCGAAGAAGCCGAUAAUCCGACCAACAUCUUUAGAAAAAUCUCCGUCACUUGUCAUCCCAGUAACAGAGCGGAACAUUGAGUUAAGUAAGCCAGUGUUCCGUCGGCUUGAAUACUUUGAGGGAAAUGGAGAGGAACGGCAGGACUCAGCUGGCACGAAAAUUGAGGAUAUAUUGAUCGUCGGGUCGGUUGAGACGGAAAGCUUGAUCGACUGCAUUCCGGAGAAGAUAUCGGGGAAGAAAACGAUUGAACGGGCUUUGAAAACGAGCCCUAAUGAUGAGCAGGCCCUGUGUGACGUGAGCAAGGCUUCCCAGGACGCUAGGGAGAGGGAAAAAGUACUAAUGGAAAGCAGCAUGGAAGCCUCACUGACCUCUGUGACUGACCAGAACCUGAGUCCCGAUGAUACGAAAUUACUGACACCACAGUCGGAGUCUUCAUUUGAGAUCCUGGAGUCCCUGAGUGAGACCUUGGACCUGACCCUGGAGGAGCCCAUCAAGGAGGACCUGGAGGAGGGGCUGUCGAUGUCGGAGUCGUCUUCGUCUAUUCCCUCGGAAAUCCCACCUCCUCGAACGACACCAGUGCAGAUGAACCGGUUCCAGAACUCGCAUGCACUCAAUCACAAGGCCAUGAAUGCGAUAUCGCCAACAGACCGACGCAAACCACUAGGGCAGCUCCUCUCUGCCCUCAAGACGUCACUCGAUUCACGGUCAUCGUUAGAAUCAUCAACCGAAUCGCAGAAAACGGAUGGUGUUUGUACCGAUUCCUCGUCACACCCACCUCCGCCAGCCCUCACAAACUCCUCAUCUGGACCUUCUGGGACCUGCACGCCUGUCUUGACAUCUGCGAGGGAUCUUGAUCUUGACUUCUUGAUUGACGACGAGAUAGCAGACCAACCUGGCUUGACUUUCGGUGAGGAGGGGGAGCUGGUUUGACUUCCUCCUUCUUUGGUGAUGAUGAGUUUGAAGAGCUUGUCGCGGCUGUGGCUAGCUCUGGAUCGCCCACGCAUCACUCCAUGCCUGCGUCGGCGGCGGCUGGUGCGAGCGAAACACACAGACGCACUCGCACAGACAGCCUGGACACCACCUCAUCCAGCCUGGCGGGUGACGACCUCAUGCUGGAUUACGAUGCGCACGAAACUGUCAUGGCCUCCGGAUACGACGAAGAGGUGAUGAGUCCUGACGCUAGUGAGAUAUUUAGCGAGUGGACAGCUAUGAUGGCGGAAAUGGGAGGAUCUGAGAGAUGCGCGUCACGAGAGGGCAGUACUACCAGCAGCAUUGGAGGAGGAGGAGGAGGAGGCGGGGGAGGCUGCCGCGGCCCAGGCAAGGCUCGCUUUCAGAUCUUGUGACGUCAGAUGCGCGCCGGCCACCAAUGGUACUCCGCCCA